CAGGAAGCAGCUGAUCCUGAAUUCACUGCCUGCUUCCACCAAGUACCGUGAACAAGUGUAUUCGUAACAACAAGUUAAAGAACAGAGUGAAAACCAGUUCUAACAGAAGCAACGCGCUGAAGCAGAAGAGUCGAGUGAAGUCACCUGACCUGCGGCUCACAGCAACACGCCACAGCGGGUCUGCGGAGGGGGAUGUCAAGCACAGCCAUGAAGAAAAAGGUACUACUUAUGGGGAAAAGUGGUUCUGGAAAGACCAGCAUGAGAUCGAUCAUCUUUGCUAACUACAUAGCUCGAGACACACGCCGCCUUGGAGCUACAAUUGAUGUGGAGCACUCGCAUGUACGAUUUCUUGGCAAUCUUGUUCUAAACCUGUGGGACUGUGGAGGCCAGGACACGUUCAUGGAGAACUACUUCACCAGCCAGAGGGACAACAUUUUCAGAAACGUAGAGGUGCUUAUUUACGUAUUCGAUGUUGAGAGUCGGGAGCUGGAGAAAGACAUGCAUUACUACCAGUCAUGUCUGGAGGCCAUCCUGCAGAACUCCCCUGACGCCAAAGUGUUCUGCCUCGUGCACAAAAUGGACCUGGUGCAGGAAGAUCAGCGAGAUUUGAUCUUUAAGGAGCGUGAAGAAGAUUUAAAGAGACUGUCCCGACCUCUUGCUUGCACAUGCUUCAGGACAUCGAUCUGGGACGAAACCCUGUAUAAGGCCUGGUCGAGCAUCGUCUACCAGCUCAUCCCAAACGUCCAGCAGCUGGAAACGAACCUGAGGAACUUUGCACAAAUCAUCGAGGCAGAUGAAGUUCUUCUGUUUGAGAGAGCCACCUUCCUGGUGAUCUCCCACUAUCAGUGCAAAGAGCAGCGUGAUGCUCAUAGAUUCGAGAAGAUCAGUAACAUUAUCAAACAGUUCAAACUCAGUUGUAGUAAACUUGCAGCCUCUUUCCAAAGCAUGGAAGUAAGGAACUCCAACUUUGCAGCCUUCAUUGACGUCUUCACCUCCAACACAUAUGUCAUGGUGAUCAUGUCAGACCCCUCCAUUCCCUCUGCAGCCACUCUCAUCAAUAUCCGUAAUGCUAGGAAACACUUUGAGAAGUUGGAGCGUGUGGACGGACCCAAGCACAGUCUGCACAUGCGAAUGCGCUAACUGUCCCAUGUGUCCCAGUGGAUACCCUCAGCCAAUCAGUACACAGUACGCCGACGGCAUGCCGCGGACUCUCUGCUCCCCAACACACUUGUGCAGCCCUGCUCUGUUUCCUCUGUAUCUUCACAUUCAAUCACAGUUACUACGGAAUGAAAUCAGUAUUUCCUUUGGUCUAAUUUCUACAGUAACUUGAACAAUGAUGCAGUCUAUUGAAAUAUUUGCCCUAACUCGGCGCAUUAAAGAAAAAAAUGAAUAGUUGUGUUUACUUUUGCCGUCACACAUUGUCUGGCACAUUCGCUAUUUUCACUUUAUGUGAUUCACUUUAUGCCGUGAAUCCCGGUGAUCGGGGAUAGUUGCUCCAAGUUUGCUUUUCAGAUGCCGUUUGUGAGCUGUUCUGUUACACUUUCAAAGUACAAGCAAUAUAGAUAUAUUCAGAAAAAUA